AUGUCUAAAGUUAACAGAGAUCUGUUCUAUAAAUUAGCCUCUGAGCUACCAGAGGAGCGUGUUCAAGCGGCUGUAUUGAUUAUCAAAGAAUUAUCGGAAUUAGAACUACCUGAAGCUGACACUGAAUGGAAAUAUGUAUUGAAUAGAUUAAUCACGGGUUUAUCUUCAGAUAGAAAUGGUGCUCGUCUAGGGUUUUCAUUAUGUUUAACCGAAGUAGUGAAUCUAGCUAUUGAAUUGAGCAAAGAUGGAAAGAAACCUGUACCAGAAUGUUUACCAAAUAUUGAAGAAUUUUUAAACUUGGUGUCGAAGACUUUGUCAUUAGAAGCUGAUAAAAGUAAUAAGAAAAGAAAAGGUAAAGAAGAAAGAGGUCUUUUGUUCGGGAAAUUAUUUGGAUUACAAUGUCUAUUGAAUGAACCUCUUUUCAGUGGAAUAUUCUUUGAAAAUAAAUCUGUCUCUAAAUUUAGUACUACUUUUAUGGAAGAAUUAUUAACUUUGUCUCAGUAUAAAAAUUGGAUUAGAGAACCCUGUUUAUAUACUCUUUUCCAAACUAUCACUAAAUUAAUCCCAUUCGCAAAUGAAGAGUUUAUUAUAUCAGUUAUCCAAUUACUAGAUACUUAUAAAUUGACCUUAACGAACGAAGGUCUAGCCAUUUAUUUAUCUAUCCUACACAAUGACAAACACUUCAAUUUAAGCAACAUUACUUUAAAAAAUAAUGGUUGGAAGAAUAAUGAUCCAUUAGCUAGAGGUAAUUUACCUGUAUUAACUGAUGUAUUGCGUCAAUCUUCGGUUUCUGAUGAUGAAAGGAAUAACGUAAAACAAGCCAACUGGACUCCAAGAUUACAUUUUGUUUGGAAGGUUCUUCUACCAAUAAUUUGUGUAGCACCUGAGGCUAACGGAGAACAUAUUAAUAAAAAGAGAAAGAAAGAAAAGGAAACUAUUAAAUUUGCAGAGUUUUGGCAAAUGGCUGUAGAUGAAUCUUUUUUCAAUGAAAAAUCAUCUAGCGAAAGAAAAUUCUUGGGGUUUUUAAUAUUUGAAAAGACGAUUUCAUUAGUGGAUGCUCAUUGGAUUUCCUCUAUUUUUAGCCAAAAUUUUAUGAGAUCAUUAAUUAAUCAAUCAACUGAUUCAAAACGUCUAUUACACAAGAUCUCUCAAAAAUCUUUGAAUGUUAUUGUGGAUUCCUGUGGUCCUGAACAUGAAGAUAAAUUGGUAUCUUGUCUAAAAGCGAUAUUAUUUGACCCUACUGGUUCUGUUAACUUUGAUAAGUUAACUAAAUCAAAGACAGUGUCAAAAUUGAUUACAACUCCUGAUUUGAAUGAAAAUAUAUUACAACAAUUAUUUACAAUGUUUUAUUCGGAGCUUCCUUCAAAAAUUGAUACUGACUUGUCUCUAAUCCGUUUUAUUUUAGAUACUGUCUUACAUAUUGUAAGAAGUCACAAAAAUUACAUGCCUAUUACUUUAGCUACAACUAUCUUAAAACCUAUCAUUUUGUUGACCUUUUUUACUAAAGAUAACGAACAAUUAAACGAAUUGGCAAGAGAACGAUUAUACUCUAUUCUUGCCGAACUUACAGGUGUCAAAGUGGAUACACACUCUUGGCAGUAUUAUGCCCUAGAUAUAAUCAUUGAACUUGAAAAUGACACUGAUUCUAACGUCGAAUUAGUUAAUAAAUUAGAUGAUAGUCUGAUAAAAAUAAAACAGGAUGCAAUGGAGGUAUUAAGUGACAUUUCUAAUUCAUUCGAAAAAGCAGGUGAGGAAACAUCAAAGUUGCGCGGUAUGGAAUCUCUAAUAUCUAUGUGUUUACUUCAAUUAUAUUCUGGUGAUGUUGAAUCUGUAUCUGUGAUUGAAGAGUUAUGUUCAUUCUAUAAUAGUCAAUCUGAAGAAGGAGAUAAUUCGAUGGUGGGUAUAACAGAAAUUCUAUUGUCAUUGUUAGCCCAAAAGAGAGCUAUGCUAAGAAGGAUUAGUCUUGCUGUCUGGGAACAAUUUAUUUCCGAUAUUGGACAUGACGAAUUGAAAGUUCUCUUGGAUGUUCUAUCGGCAAGAGAGAAUAAGCAAGGGUUUAGCCAAUUAUUUGAAGGUGUUGAUGAGUAUGAAGAAGAAGAAGAAGAAGAAGAAGAAGAAGAUAGUGAUGCUGAGAAUAAUGAAAACAAAAGUUCAGACAAUGAAGAAAGUUCCAGUGAUUCAGAUAAUGAUAUGGAUGAUGAGAAUGUCACAAAUAUUGAUAAAGAAACAUCCAGCGCAUUAGUCAAAGCUCUAAAUCUUCCUGAAAAUAUAAUCAAUGAAAAUGGCGAGGUUAAGUUUGAUGAAUUAGAUGAUUUCUCUGGGGAUGAAGAAAGUGAUGAAGAAUCGAUGGACGAUGAAAAAAUGAUGGAAUUAGAUGAUCAAUUGUCCGAAAUAUUUAAAAGAAGAAAAGAAGCUCUAUCAAGUAUUCCAACAGGCAACCAAAGAAAAAGUGAUGUUAAAAUGUCCCGUGAGAACGUGGUUUCCUUUAAACACAGGAUUGUAGAGAUGCUAGAAAUAUACGUCAAGUAUAUAGAGAAAUGUAUCGUCGAAAAAAGAAAAGGAAAGAGCGACUCUAAUGUUGACGCAUCUAAUUUGUUAAUGUUUAUCAGGCCAAUGAUUGCUUGUGUAAGAGAGACAUUAGACAAAUCGUUAAGUGAUAAAAUUUCCAAAAUAUUAAAGACCAAGGUCUUCAAGAUUAGUGUGAAUGCCAUUUCCAAUGUUCAGAAUGAAGAAUGUUUGACUUUAAUAAAACAAGUUCAUGAUAAAUUGUUGAGUUCAAAACCUGGUCAUUUCAGUGUAAACUAUUAUUCCUUGUGUUCAACCUCUUCUAUCUUCCUAGGUAAACUUUUGCUUGAAAACAACAAGGGAGAUGAUUCUUCUGCCAUUUUGGAAGAAUUGGUAGACAUUUAUUCUCAGACCACAAAGAAAUGGAUGACUAAGGGAAAAUUUGGUGUAAAUAUCUUCAUUGACUUCUACAAUUGGCUGUCAAGCAAGAAACAAUAA